AUGGCGACGGAGAUCUCGUCGGAUCUGAUCAACCGACUCAAUGUCUCGCUUCGAAAGGAGGCCAAGCUCGGAAACUACACGGAUUCCUCUACCUUCACCCUUCCCACAGCUCCGGAGGCAAUCGCGGAACUCGACGCUUCGGCUCCUUACCUCCGUUGCCGUAACUGUAAAGGAAAGCUUCUGCGAGGAAUCGAGUCUCUGAUCUGCGUUUUCUGCGGCAAGCAGCAACGUACGAGGGAUAACGCUCCUGAUCCGAUCAAGUUUACAUCCACUUGUGGUUACAAAUGGUUUCUCACCUCUCUAGAUCUGGACGGAUCGGAGAUGGUAGAGCCACUGAAGGAAACGGAUGGAUCAAGAAUAGGAGGUAAGGCGCUUGUGGCAAAGGGAAUUGCUGUGUGUGAGCUUCUUGAUUUUGAAGUACAAUGGUGUGCAAGAGAAGGAGAGAGUUUAAACAGUGGAGUUGAUGAUAAGAACCGUCUGGAUUUAGGAGGGAUUAGUAUUGAUGAUUAUUUCGUUGAAGGAAGGGGAGAGAUUUUCAAAGUGGAUCCGGUUGAGAGCAAACAGGAGGAUGAUGAUUUUAAGGAUCCACGUAGUCUUAGCUUGGUUGAUGGUGUGAAGAGUCAAGGAGUUGCUGAAGCACAGCAGAGUGAAAAUGUUGGUGUGUUUAAUGGAAAAGAUGCUGAGAAGAAUGUUUCAUCUGGAGGACAUGAGAGUCUUAGUUUGUUUGCGGGACGAGAUGCUCAGGAUAGUGUUUCUUUAGCAGAGCAGGGAAACUUUGGGUUCUUUGAGGGGAAAGAUGAUAGGCAACCAAUUAAAGAGAAUGAAAAGCUAAGCCUGUUUGAGGGGAUAGAUGAUCAGAGGACUAGUUCUUCUAAAAAUACUGAGAGUUUCGGUUUCUUUGAGGGGAAAGAUGCUCAGAGAAAUAGUUCGUUGAAAGACGAUGAGAGUUUUGGUUUGUUUCAGGGUAAAGAUGCUCAGAGAAAUAGUUCUUCCAAAGACGAUGAGAGUUUUGGUUUGUUUCAGGGUAAAGAUGCUCAGAGAAAUAGUUCUUCUAAAGAGGAUGGUAAUCUUGGUUUAUUCGAGGGUGAGGAUGCUCAGAGAAAUAUUGCUUCUAAAGAAGAUGAAAGUUUUGGUUUGUUUGAGGGAGCAUUAUCAUCAAGUGCUGGCAUCAAGUCUUUCGAUGAAAAGGUUGUUGCCUCUUCCUCUGAUUGGGAUUCUGACUUUCAAUCUGUUUCCCAGGAAAAUAUUAGUGGCGAUCCGUUAGUAAAUUCUCAAGUUGAUUUGUCUGCUCAUAUGGAUUCUGUUUUUGGUUCCGGAAAAGAUUUAUUCCAUGAAAAAACAGCAGAUUCUUCAACUGCUUAUGUUUCCAAAGCUGGUGCCUGGCUGCAAGAUGAUUUGUUUGGUGACGUUACUGGCAAGACUCAAAACAACGACCAUACUGUUCAUGAGGGACAAGCUGUAGAAGGAAAUGGAACAUCCAUGGAUAUUGAUUGGAUUGGAGAUGAUUUAUGGAAAACCAGUGAAAACAAAGCUGUUGAGACGACACCUAUGGAUGAUAAUGAUGGUGACGAUGACUGGAAUGAUUUUGCAAGCUCAGUUAACCCCAAGACUCCUAGUAAUCUGCUUCCGCGAACCGUGGAAAGUUCCCAAGAGGAUGAGAAGCAGAAUACUGGUACAGGCGUGAUAUCUGACAUGGCCAAAGGUCAAGAAGAUGAUCUCUUUGGAGCUUGGGAUAGUUUCACAUCCCCAACCGUUUUGCAAACACCUGUGCAGCCUCCCACGAACCAUGUAAAUUCAUCUGCUGAGCAGAACUUGUUUGGAGAAAAUAACCAUCACAGAGACCUUGCUUCUGAUUGGUUUUCGGAAAGUACUGGAGGCCAAACCAACUCAGAGGAAGUCAAAGCCAUGCCUUCCGGAACUUCGUCCCUAGAGAGUGAUACUACUGAUGGUAAAGAUCAAACACUUGAUCUUGUAGGCAGCACAACAACAUCUCGCAAGUCAAAGAGUGAUGCUGCGGAAGAGCUGAUGUCACAGAUGCAUGAUCUCUCGUUUAUGCUCGAGACCAAACUCUCUGUGCCUCCAGUCUCCAAGGCAGAGUAA